GCACGCGUGAGGAAAGGAAAGGAAAUCAGCCUGCCCCCGCACGACAAAUCCCAUCUCCACCUCCUGCCACGCCCUUCACCGCGCGCCGCCACCGCCCACCCCGUCGGCGCACUUGCCCCGACCAGACCGGCUUCACGGGGAUGAAGCUCGAGCACACCUUCUGGAUCGGCUCAACGCGGCGGGUCGAGCGGUUGGGGGUGGCACGGCUGCUCGAUGUAGAACGGCGGCGGCGGCGGCGGCUGGAGCUUGCAGGGGGCGGAUCCGUGCGUGGCAGGGGCUGGGGAGCCUGAUCCGAAGGCGGGCGACGAGGCGGGGGUCGCCGUUGACGACGAGGAAGGCCAGAGCGAGGGAUCCGGCGACCUAGCCAGGAGCUCGCCGGAGCCGGGCGACGGAGGGCGGGCGCGCGAGACGGAUAGAUCCGGCGCGGCGGCGCGAAUUCCUUGCAGGUAGAAGCAGCAGCAGAAGGAGGAGGAUGGGAAGGCUGUAGCCACCGCAGAGAAGAACGAGAUUGGAAAUGCUCUUCAGCAGCCUGUUCUAUGACUCGGCAUCAUCGGAGAACUUUUCUGGUCAUCCCGGUGUUGAGAGAUGCCCAUUCCUGAGGAACAUCAAUGGAGCCACAACCUUUUCAUUUUCUUCUGCUUUGCCUGUAUCUGCUCGGGGAAGCAAGGGCCUGAUCUUUGAGGAUGGACCAGGCUUUGAGUCGGCAUUCAAGCUUUUCCAUGGACAGGAUGGGAUAGUUCCCCUUUCAGGAAGAUCAUAUGUGCCUGAUGAGAACCGUAGUGAGCCGCUACCAUAAGUCUAUCAACAUUUGGACCAUUCGGGUUUAACUUCUAUAAUGGCAAGGGCAAAAAGCAGAACAAGAAGCCCAACAAUCUAGACCAGUCACACAAGAAGCCCAACAAGCCAGAUCAGAAUUCCAUGAAAGCAAGAGGCAGAAGCUGGAGCGACAGCCGUGGUGCCGUGGAAGUGGCGAGUCAUGGAGGCAGAGUUGGUCAGUGCAAAGUUGUGCGAAGCGAAGCCAGGCUACGCAGACAAGCAGGCCGAGGGCGAAGGCGGUCGGGUGCCACAGAUGGAGGCGCUGGGACAGGGUGGUGAGGUGAAGAGGACGGGGUCGAGAGCAGCUACAGUGCGUGCAUCUGUCCCCUCCUUUGUUUUUUCACCAAGCCUACCUAAAAUCUAUCAAAUUAUUCAGGGAAAUUUGAUUGAAGAUAUGAUUGAUGGCGAUUCUAGAAAAGUGUUUGCUCCAUCAGAUUCACAUAAAAAGAAAUUGCACAACUGCAUCAUGGCUGUCCAGUAUAUGAAGGAAGCUCCGGUUCUGAUAUCUGAUGCAGAUGCAGUCAGAGUUUCAGCAGAAUAUAUUCUUAAUGGCGACAAGGAACUAAUUCUUGCAUUUCUAUGGAAUAUGUUCAUUCAUAUGCAG